AUGAAUGGCGGCCGACGGUACAGCAUGCCACCCAGCGCCUUCCUGCGCGUGGACGUCAACGGUCCGUGGAUUCGCCGUCGCUGCAUCUUCGAGUACGAUGGUACCGACUUUUGCGGCUUUCAGGCGCAGGAUCAGCCCCGAAUAAUGCGAACCGUGCAAGAAGUUAUCGAGGAUGCGAUCAAUCGCACCACAGGUGAGACAGAACUGGCAAGACUGCGCUUUGCCUCCCGCACGGAUACGGGCGUCCAUGCACGGGGUCAGGUGAUCGUGCUUGUUAGUCGCUGUGUCGAAUCGGACCGCGUCUUCCGUGACGCCCUCAACACGCGCCUGCCCCAGGACGUCAUGUGUCGCAGUGUGAUCACGAUGCCACAGACCCAAGCCAAUUUCGAUCCGCACACAGACGCUACGUGCAAACGCUACGAGUACGAACUAGUCGCGGGUGGCCUGCGGCCUGUGGCUUACCGUCGUAAUGUGUGGCACAUUUGCAAGCAGCUGGAUGUGGCCAAGAUGCAGUUGGCUGUGAGUCACUUAACGGCGCCGCCCUCAACAAAAGACUUUUCAUCCUUCACUUCGCAGAAAGAUAGAGAUGGAGGACGAGGCAACAUCUGCACGAUUUCGACCAUUGAGCUUCACACUGAGAAGAAAGACGACAAAGAGGGUGCCCAGUACGAAGAGGACGUGGCUACUAGGAUACGACUGGUCUUUGAGGGCAAUAGGUUCAAGUACAAGAUGGUGCGGAACCUGGUGGGCACGAUAGUAGACGUCGGGUUGGGCAGACUGAAGGCCGAAGAGAUCCCAAAGAUCUUGGCGGCCAAGAAUCGAGCGAAAGCAGGCCAAGGCGCGCCACCACACGGACUUACGCUCGUAUGGGUCAAGUACGACUAA